GCUAUCUAGCAUUUUCCAUAGUGUUUCUGUUCAUUUGCAGGAAUACAUUUUCAAAACAUGAACAGCAUCCUAGAAAAUUUAAAAAAGAAAGAAAAGAAAUAUGUUGGAGCUAAAGCAGGCCAAUGGAGAGGCCAUCGAGAUUUAUAUGAAGGGUGCAGUGAAUUGAAUGUUGACAUUCUUUCACAACCAGAUAACGGAGAGAUAAAAGGAACAGGCAAUGACAGCUAUUACGGAAAUUUCGUUUUCAGAGGAUUUUGUGCUGGGAAUAAUACAGUUGCAUUACAAGCUAAUAGUUUUACUAAAAACCGAACUAUCAGUAUUCUGUAUAAUGGACAGAAAGCAAACGACGAAUUUAUCAAAGGGAAAUAUGAAAUAAGUUCAAAUGAUAAACAUUUACCACUGCUUCACGUAGGAGAAUUUACACUGCGAUGGAUUUCAGACAGUCAUUUAUUUGUACGGGCAAAUUAA